CUGAGGGUGCCAAUACAGAGAGCAGUGAUUUGGCCUGGCUGGAUGAGUGCGCCCCCCACCGCCUGGAGGACCCUGGAGGAGCCAUGAGCUGGGCCAUCCACCUCCUGGCCGGCCUGCUGGGCACCGGCUCCUGGGUGGCCAUCAACGGCGUGUGGGUGGAGCUGCCCCUGCUGGUGGCCAGCGCCCCCGAGGGCUGGCUGCUGCCCUCCUACCUCACCGUCAUCACCCAGCUGGCCAACGUGGGGCCGCUGGCCGUCACCCUCUGCCACCGCUUCCUGCCUGGGCGGCUCAGCGAGGUGGGGGUCAUCUACGCCAUCCUCUGCCUGGGCAGCCUGGCCUGCCUGCUGCUGGCCUUCUUCUGGAGGGAGACCAGCACGCUGGGCGUGGGCGGCAGCGGCAGCCGCCCCCCGCACAGCACGGCCCUCCUCGGCCUGCUCUUCUUCCUGGCCCUGGUGGACUGCACCUCCUCGGUCACCUUCCUGCCCUACAUGCGGAGGCUGCGGCCCCCCUUCCUCACCUCCUACUUCGUGGGCGAGGGGAUGAGCGGCCUCCUGCCCGCACUGGUGGCCUUGGGGCAGGGCGUGGGCGCGGUGCGCUGCCUCAACAGCAGCCUCGCGGGCAACGCCACCGGGCAGCAGCUGCGGGCGGAGUACCAGGCGGGCCGCUUCUCUGCCCAGGCCUUCUUCCUCUUCCUCGGCGGCAUGAUGCUCCUGAGCCUGGCCGCCUUCCUCCUCCUCAACCACCUCCCGGCUGCCAGCAGAGAGCGCGCCAAGGAGGAGAAGUCCCAGCAGCUGCAGCCCCGCCGGCCUCCGGAGAGCCAGGGUGGCCGGCCAGCCACGGCGGGGGAGGAGGAGGAGGAGGGCGGGGAGCAGCGCAAGAGGAGCAGGAGGGCGCCCCCUCCCCGCUUUGGCUCCGGCACCUACUCCUGGCCCCAGGUGGCCUACCUCUUUGGGCUGCUGGCCUGGGCCAACGCCCUGACCAACGGGGUGCUGCCCGCGGUGCAGCCCUACUCCUGCCUGCCCUACGGCAACUCCGCCUACCACCUUGCGGCCACACUGGCCGCCCUGGCCAACCCGCUGGCCUGCUUCCUGGGAAUGUUCCUGCCAAACAGGUCCUUGGUGCCCAUGGGGGCCCUGGCGGGUGCCGGCUCCCUCCUGGCCUGCUACAUCAUGUCCAUGGCGGUGCUCAGCCCUUGCCCCCCACUGCUGCACAGGCCUGCUGGGGCCAUCCUGAUGGUGCUGUGCUGGGUGCUCUUCGUCGGCACUUUCUCCUACGUCAAGCUGAUGAUCGGGCUGAUCUUGCGCGAUGAGGGGCACAGCGCCCUCGUCUGGUGCGGGGCGGUGGUGCAGCUGGGCUCCAUGGCGGGGGCCCUCACCAUGUUCCCGCUGGUCAGCGUCUACAGCCUCUUCCUCGCGGGAGACCCCUGCAACCCCAGCUGCCCUGCCGCCUAG